AGAGCCAUGGACUGCAGGUGGCUGUGAGCUGCUGCAUCUGGCUGUCGCUCGUUUCGGUCUUGUGUCUCAGUACAGGGCUGUGACUGCAGAGAAAGCAGUGAGGAGCUGUGUGUGGUCUCUGCCUGGAUACGUUGCCUCUGGAUGCAUCCUGGGAGCCAGCAGGGUAAGGAGAUCUUUUCCAUCGUGGUGUUCGGCUCCAUUGUGAACGAGUGCUAUGUGAACAAGGAUGGCACAGACCCUGAGCUACAUUGCAUCUUCAAUGAGAAUGAGAGUGCCUGCAGCUAUGGCAUUGCCAUUGGCAUUAUUGCCUUCUUCGGAUGCAUCUUCUUCCUUGUUGUGGACCUCCAGUUCCAGCAGAUCAGUAGCGUGAAGGACCGCAAACGAGCUGUCCUGCUGGACCUGGGCUUUUCAGGUUUCUUGUCCUUCCUUUGGUUUGUAGCCUUCUGCUUCCUAGCAAACCAGUGGCAGCGGACAACAAUGAGCAAAGGGGCUUCGCAAGGAGCAGAUGCUGCCCGGGCAUCAAUUGCCUUCUCCUUCUUCUCCAUCAUCGUCUGGGUCGCACUGGCACUGAAGGCCCUGCAGCGGUACCGCCUGGGCACCGACAUGUCGCUCUUUGCCACCGACCAGUUUGCCACCGACCCCAAUGCUGCGUAUCCCGGGUACCCCACUGGCAGUGGCAUUGAGAGCACAGAGACCUACCAGAGUCCCCCGUUCACCGAGACCUCGGACGCCAACCCGAAAGGUUACCAAGUGCCAGCAUACUGAGGGAGGAGGGCGUGCGGCCGUGUACAAAUAGACCGAGUCCUAUGGUGCAGUACAGUUAACCGGUUGAUUGCAAAUGUAUUCAGUACCAUUUCCUUAAUGUGGCAAGUCAGUGCUGGGUUCCUUACUAUUAGCUAGUUGUGCAGUGAAUUCUGUACAGUGGUAUUGGUUCUUGUCUUACCUGUCCAAGGGUUUUAUAAAAGCAGUGUUCCCUCUAAGUCGGAAGAAAGAAGGUCGCUACUCCAUGUGGCGGAAGAAAAGUCAGUACCUUCUUCGAGGCUUGUUUUAGCACCACUGGGCACUAGGUGCCACAGAGUGCCUGGGAAAGCCAAAAAUACUUUUUCCUGCUAGAAAACAAGGUAGCUGAUGAGUUGUUCAUCUCGUUCUUCCAGAGCUAACAUAGAUGUGGCCUCAUUGCGGUGAGGGGGGCUGCAGCUGGGGCGGUUGGUCCUGGCCUAGUCCCACUCCUGGUAGAGCUUUCAUGUACAGCACAGAGAGGCCAUGGAAAGUGCCAAAUUUACAAAGAAACCAGUGGUGUCUGUGUUACUUUUAUUUGUAUAUAUUUAUUGUACAAAAAACCACGACCAAAUGGGUGUUUCAAACAUAGUUCAGGGUGCGGGGGGACAUGGGGGCACAGAAGUCUGGGUUUUAUCUUGAAUAUCCAAAUAGCUUCUGUGCUUCCAUGUGGUUUUGGUUGAGGAUACAGAAAGUUGUGUUUGAAACUUGCUUUGGAAAAGAAUUUAGCAAUAGUUGUCUGCUAAUUAGAAAUAGGCUUUUAUCAGUGGAAAAUAUGGCGUGUUACAGUUCCACUUCAUUGUGGGGUUGUUGAAGUUUGCCAAUUUCCGAACAGUUCUGAUUGGCAACACUGAACUCUUGCUCACCCUCAGACCCAGAGCUGCCAACACAAAAGGUGUGGGUGCCUCAGUGACUCAAAUUCUAAGUCAAUUAGGAAGCAGAUUGUAACUUGUGUUUUUCUACUGGGAGCAGCCACCAUCUGUCGUAAUUGCAGCAAAAUCCUCAGGUGUAAAUGUGUGUGUUGCACUGCAGUCCCUGGUGAUGCAGAAUUCAAAGCGAGGAUCGAAAGGACUCGGUGGGCUUUGAAGUCUGUUGUGGGGGUGCAUGUGGCACACGUUUGCCCAUCGUGGGAGAAUAGAGUGGAUGAUAAACGCCUGAGGACGAGGCUGUUUGGUUUCCAGCAGCAGAAUUACAGCCUUGUUAAUACCAAGUCAAUCUGAAAAGUGCAGCAGAUGCUCAUCAGCGUCUGAAGUGCUGGGUGUGCAGUGGUUGUGAGCAGAGCUGGGUGCUGCUGAGGACAGAGCAGGGUGGCUGAGCAGUGGGUCUGUCUGUGGCAAAGUCCUCCCGGCCCCCCUCCUCACCUGGCUGCAGGGAUCCUUCGCUGCACUGUUGUUGCUGGCAGAGCUGUGUGUUGCCUUCUGACCUCACAAGCAAUAGAUAAAUGACUGCCCCAGCUGUUCUUGUAGCAAAAAAAUCCAGCAGUUUUUUGUCAUCGUCAUUAGCACAGCUCAUUUCUGCUGCUAAAUAGCAAAUAAAUGCAUUAAUUAAUGAGCAGCAAACCUCAUCACAGGCAGUCGUUAUCAGUGACAAAAUGCAUAACUUGAAUACCCCACUAUUCAGGUCAGAUUAAAACUUGCAUUUACGGUGAGCGUUGGCUUUCCUGGAUCUGGAUCUGCCUGGCAGCACCCAGUGCUGAUGGAGCUGUGCGGGCAUUUCCCAGCUCAGACACUUUUCCUGCAGAGCCCAACCCUCUGUGUGUGGUGACAAAGGGACCUGGCAUCCCUUACAGCUUUUCCUUACAGUGACAACUCCACAGCAUCUCCCCAGUACCUUUGCCAUCCACUCUGAAGUGAACUUAGUAUUAGGAAGCGCUCAGCCCCGCUGCCAGCAUAGCUGCUCCCUGCAGCAACAGGAGGAUGCUGCACUGCUGAUGGAGGAGGCACCUGGAGCUGAUGCAAGAAGCAAGAAAGGUGCCCUGGGGGCGUCUGCUAUCAGCCUGUGCUGGUUGAGGUAGGUGAGCAGUGAGAAAUUUGUGCACUGAGUGGGGACACCCAAACCCCAGUAGAGUAUAAGCCUAAGUUUAAUUCUCUAACCCUUGUGAUUUUACUAGAGCCAGUCUUGAUGAAAAUAAAAGGGCAAAAGAUUUUAAUACAGGGUACAGUAGAACUGUAGCAAUAUUUUCCUUAGAGGGAACACUGAAAUUUUAGCAGCACAAACAGUACUUGUGUUAAUAUUUUAGUAAAAUUAUAAUCAAUUUAAAUGUUUAAAUUGAUUGUAUGUGAGAUAAUGUUUGUUCGGUACAUUGUAUCUUUUCUAACUAUAUAACUGUUCCAGAGUUUCCUUGUAACCGUAAAGAACUAAAGUUCUGUCUGACUGCGAGAAGUGUCCUGGUCAGUGGUGUAAACGUGCUGAAUAUUACAACAUCUGAAUGUACGCACCCCAGGCCUACAUUGCAUUUCUUUUCUUUCCACCCCUCCCACCCGUGGCUGUGGGACAUGGAUGCACAUCCCCACGCCGUCCCUGACCUGAGAGCAGCCACUACGGCAUGGGGGCAGCAGCACAACUGUGACUUCGUCCCCAGGCCGGGCAGCGUCGUUCUUCUCAAGGUCAGCUUCUUCUUGCAGUCAUUUCUCCCCAGAAUGUGUUAUUAUGUUUAAAUUCUGCUUGGCGCUGUGCGUGAGGACCUGGAUGUGCUGCACUCAGCAGGAGAGGAAGGGGCUUUGGUGCCUGGGUUUCCUGGCAGGGGUGAGGCAGAGCAGGAGCUGCUCCAUGGCCGUGGUCUGGCUACUGCCAGAGAAACCUCCCCCUGCUCCGGGUGCUGCUGGGGCAGCAGGAGCCAGCAGACAUCCCUCAGUUGGUGCAGUUUUUGCAGGUCAGCACAGUCAUUCCUCAGUCUACAUCAGGGUGGGAAAAAAUGUAAGGUGGCACUGCGACACCUAAGAUACUCAUGCCUUGGAAACAGCAGUCAGCCACCUUGAAAGAAAAACAUUUCCUGGUUUGUUGGCGACUGUUGCUCAGCUCCUGUGUAAUUCCUCAUCCCCCAGGCUGGUAGCACAAGGCCCUGCUGAAUUAAAACCUUAAUUAAGGAAGCGUGAGACAUCAGCCCUCUCCCUGGCCAUGAUGACUCAUGCCUACCCCUUGCACAGCGUCCUGUUUCCAAGCACUUUGCAAGGCCCUGCAGUGCUCCCACUGUCUGCUCUGUGUUACCAGUGCUGUCUGUUAACUGUUACAGCAUCUUCAUGAUGGGUCAGUCAGACUGUGUGUGCAGGUAUGGGCUGUAACAGCAGAAUUAUUGGAUCCCUGCAGUAUCUCAUUCGAGGUUCAGACUGUCUUGGCAUCACUCUUACGUACUUCUUUCACCCACUCUUUUUCUCUCUGUAAGUUCACUGUGGUACAGUGGACAGUAGCUGCUUUCCUUGUAACCCUGCAGACCAGCCCUUACAGACAUGCCAGCAUUUUGCUGCAAAUCCAUGCCCUGCUGGCUGCUAGCCCCAUGCUGCUCUCAGAAGCCAUUGUAGAGUCCUCCAGAAAUCUUGCAGCUGACCAGGCUGCCCUCAGCCUCACGUGCUGACAGCUCCUGUGUAGUGUCAGGGCUGAAUUUCAGCAUAAAGAGUAGACUAUGAGCAAGCCUGUACCUUUUCUUCCUGGAGAUUUAUUCUACCAGAUCCUUGUGCUCAGUGAGGCUCUGUUGGGACAACACAGGCAUUUCUCAGCAUUGAAAUUAAACCACAUUAUGGGUAGUUUUGUUUGUUUGUUUGUUUUUGCAUGAACUUAUACUUUAAACCCAUUAGAAAAGGAUUUGAAAUAAAGACAUUAAUUGGAAAUUGCUCCUGGCAUCGUAAGCUAUUCCGAGCAAGGUAGAAGUUUUGUUUAACCAACACUCAGCAAAAUCAUCUUCCCAACAAUGUGCUUCACCAUCUCCUGCAGUUUAACCAUGUCCAUGAGCAGUUGGAUUUCACUUGCUGUUUUGGUGAGGCACUUAGUAAGAUGAGUUUCCCAUUGGGCAAUCUGCAGGUAGCAGCACAGCACUGCUGAGUUCAUGCUACAACAGUGACAGCUCUGGCAUCUCUGCUUUUUCCAUCGGCUGCUCUUUACUGGGGGAUAUCAGUCCCCUUCCCUCUCCUCCACAGCACUGUCCCAUUCCCCAAACUCACAUCUACUGCCCUUCUGCAGCCAUGAGAGCAGUUGAAUAGAAUUAAGCCAACUGCGAUCAUUGUCUAUUCAUUAGUAAAAGUGUAGAAUCAAUAUUCCUCUUUCUAAAAGCUGUGUAAUAUUUGCAGACUUCCUUUCAGCCUUCUUUGUCUUCCUGGGGAGAGCAGACAAGUCGAAUUCCACUCUGUUUUAUCCAUAAUGCUACUCUAGAUUGCAUUUAGAAGCUGUGUGUCAACCUCUCACCACCCAUGAGGCUCAGACAUGGCCUUCGCUGUACCAACUUGAAACCCAAGUUCAGCUGCCUGUAUUUUGUUGCAAUAUGCAUUUAAACCUCAGAUUCUUUAUAAGUUUUAAUAACAACCAGGUACCAAAUGUGGUUUGCAAAUUUAAGUUCUUUUGCAGAUACCUCUGUAUGAGCAGACCGCUUCCACGAGUUGCAGUUGUCACUAACCUUACGUGGAUUGUAGUAUAAAGUGGACUGUGUAUGGAAAUAAGUUAAAAAUGUUUACAACUUUUGUAUAUAUAUACAAAUAUAUAUAAAAAAAUAUCUUUUGGGAGAGCAAUCUGUGAUGAUGUAUUUUCAGUGUCUGUGUACCAACUGCAACUUAUUUUCAAUAAAGAGUUUAAAAUGAA